AUGGCUCCAUUGUCUCGGAGACGGACGUUCUCGGCUCGAUCGAUGGCGCCGCUACGGAACUCACGAAAUGGAAAUACGACUCCUGCCGAUGGACCUCCACAGAAGAAGCGCAAGUACAUCCCUGGUGGGCCAGGCGGUGGUGGCAGGUUCAUUGAGAUAGAUGCUGUUGUCGAACGAAAGGCACCACCCGCUCCCGUCGCAGAACCAGUCGUGCCAGCGCAGACUCAACCUUCUCCGCGCCCUCGACGCGAGAUAGCUCCUGCUAUCGCCAGCACCCCGCUCCCCAUGACCACUCCGCCUUCUACUCGCCCUCGAAGAGAACGCACUCAGAGUCGAGGUCGUUAUAGUUCUGCGACUGCUGCUGCCUUGGCACUCCAACAAGGUGAUGGCUACAAACCCCGCGAGGAACGGGGCUGGGAGGAGUUUCACCCCGAUCUGGAUAUCGAAGCCAAAUUUGCAGUGUUCAGUUCUGAAGAGGUAGACGGUGCCGACAAAUCACAGCAACCUAUUCCAAGUACACAGUCCACGAAUGGUAUACCUACAAACUCAGAGGGCCACGAUUCAAAUACAGUCGCCCCUGCAGUUCUCCCCCAAACACCUCCGAAGCGACGACCCGGUCGGCCUCCACGGCGACCUGAUGCUAUGCUCAGUGCUAUUAUAACACCUGAACAGCCAAAAGUUGUACCACCUCCGGGCCCGAAUCCCCGUGAAAGGUUAACCCUUCCCAAACCAAACUUUCACCUUCGUGACCCGUUUGUUCGCUAUGAGCAAAAAGGUGUCAAUCAACAGAACUAUGUGGAUCGUACAAUGGCGAGUGUUGGCUAUCAGGAAAGUGAUUUGUUUGUACGUCACGAUCGUCGACUGAUUCGAAUGGCCGAGGGGGCUAUUGAAGAGGAUCUAGAUCUGGACCCACCCGUGACAGAUGGUGAUACCAAUGCUGCCAUUGGUUCAUUAGGCGUCGGAAGGGUGGAAUAUGAUAUGGACGAACAAGACGAAAAAUGGCUAGAAGAUUACAACAAUAGGCGAAAGGCUGAUCAGCUGGAGCCUAUCAAACCAGCCGUUUUUGAGAUUACUAUGACCAAAAUUGAAAAAGAGUGGUAUGCUCUAGAGAAAAAGAUCCCAAAGCCUAAUCCUAAGCCACCCCAAACGCAACGUCCUCGGUCAAGCUCCGCGGCCGCUGUCAAUGGUGAGCCAGUGGGAGGGGGCGAAGAACAGGACAGCAAAUGCGCAGUUUGCGAUGAUGGAGACUGCGAAAAUUCCAAUGCUAUCGUUUUCUGUGAUGGGUGUGAUCUUGCUGUGCACCAAGAAUGUUAUGGUGUUCCAUAUAUUCCGGAAGGUCAAUGGCUCUGUCGAAAAUGCCAGCUGAUUGGGAGAGGGUCUCCAAAUUGUAUUUUUUGCCCCAAUACUGAAGGCGCCUUCAAACAGACAAACACAUCAAAGUGGUCACAUUUGCUUUGUGCACUCUGGAUCCCGGAAGUGGGUAUCGGCAACCAGUCCCUCAUGGAACCCGUUACGGACGUUGAAAAGGUACCCAAGAGCAGAUGGAAGCUUCAGUGCUACAUAUGUAAGCAGCGGAUGGGUGCAUCAAUCCAGUGCAGCAACAAGAAUUGCUUCGUGGCGUUCCAUGUCACGUGUGCAAGGCGAUCUCAACUGUACUUGAGGAUGAAGUCCAGCCACAACUCGGCAAUUAUGGAUUCUCACUUGUUGAAAGCUUUUUGUCACAAGCAUGUCCCACCAGACUGGCGAAAGGAACAUGGCACAGAUGCUGCCUACGCCGAAGCAGUUGAAUACUACAAGAAUACAAUGAAUGGCAAAAGAUGGGGCGACAGUCAAGCAGCUGCUCUUGCACUUGGGCCUUCACUUCCGGACGGGAGCGAGGCGAUAGAGAGCCAUACCCAUCAUGGUCCAAACAUCCAUUUGACCUUUAAUGCAGGAGGCAAUAAGCGAAAGCGCACGACUCCCUCGAAACCGACAUGGAAGCUGGCUUCCGGGGCACCAGUUAUUCCCCAGACCGUACUAAACUCUGUCGUGGCAUCGUUGCAACGUUUCUCUGUCCGUCAAAGGAAACAAUAUGCCGAGGACGCUUGCAAGUACUGGACUUUGAAGCGGGAAGCUCGACGAGGAGCCGCUUUGCUGAAACGCCUUCAACUGCAGUUGGAAACAUUUUCGUCGAUGGAGAUGACUAGGCGAAAUUUCGCUGGCAUGGGUCCUAUUGGCCUUUCGCGCCUUCAGCGUCGUAUUGACUUUGCAGAACGCUUAUCUUCUGAUGUGGAAAGAGUCCGUACCCUCUGCACCGAAGUGAAGAAGCGCGAAAGUGCCAAGCUUGAAGACGUGGAAAUGCUCAGCAAUAUUAUUGAUACUGUUUACUUCCCCAUACCCCCGUUGCUGUGGCCCAUAUUUGAAAAGAUCCAGACUCUCGACCCUAGGGGUGUCUUCCGUUCAUCCCUACAAGCCGUCCGCAGUCGCUUGGAAUCGCGAUACUACACAAAUGUCUCUGUAUUCUCUGCUGACCUAGCACAUAUUUUCACUACUGAGAUAGGCACCGAGCCAGUUGAGGAUACUGCAGAGCUUCAGCUUCAAAUUAGUGGUCGCGCACCCGAACUCACAUUUGACCAACGCGAAAAGAGAAAAUUAGCGAAGAGGAUCAUCAAGUCUAUCCAGCCAUUUCUCGAGGAUGCCAUCCGAAAGGAGACUGAACUGAGUGGUUUGCCAUUCGAAAAGGAACUUAAAGAGCUGGACAAUAUCUUCGAGAGUGGCGUUCUGUCACGCAGGAUCUCUGUAGUCGAGGGCCUAGAUGCGUCAGCCGACCACAACGUGAUGACAAACGGGGUGGCAGUUGAGUCUGACAAACUUACAAAGAUGGAACACCCAGAGACAGCAGAACAUACGCAUACUCUAGCAGCCGACCUUGACGUGAACGUUGAUUUGCAGGAUGCAAAUGAUAACUACGGGAAAGCGACCAACAAUAUCAUUACCGCACCCUCCAGUGACCGGGCAGCGGAUGAGUCCAUGGAAGCGUCUGAAAUCAUUACCGACGACAUGGGUGGCGACAAAGUGAAGAAGGACAACGAAAGUGUGAUUUCACAACAAAGUGGCCAUGUUGCAAGAGCAACGCGAGGUCCAUUGACACCGCCUUUGAGCUCACAGGGCGAUCAACAGCAGGGGCCACUCGCUCAAGGAGGUAUUCAAUGGUAUAUGCAACCUUUCGAUCCGAUCGGCACGACUAUACAUGAAGAGCGAUGGACUGGCCGUGACGUUCUACGUGGCCUGAGUGAGGAAUUAAGUGAGCUUGACGAAGAUGAGCUUGAGGGUUUGGGAGGAGAUGAGAUUAUAGAUGGGAUUAAUCGAGAACCGGAUAAAGUCAAUGGAGCUGCUCCUGAACCUGUGAAGGUUCGUCGGACACGUCGACGCUAUCGGGGAUUCAGGUAGACUGUUAUUAUGACGAACUUGGGAGUUUCUUCUGGCGUAUCGUGUGGGAACAGAGGGCUUUGAUCCGUCAUACACACGGUUUUAUUUAGGUGCUUUUAGUAUGCGAUCUGUCAUGUUGUUAUAGCAUAGCCUAGCAUGCAUACAAGGGUGCCUCUAGCUCAUCGUUAAUUUUACAUGACAAAUACAGCGGCAG